UAAUGCAAUGAAAUUGAAAAAAAUAUGUAGAAUUUUUUUAUCUUCUUUCAAUACAUUGGCUUUAACAAUUGUUGUUAAGGCCUUAACCAUACAGUGCUUAACAUGAAAACCAAGCAACGGCAUUGAGGAGAGAGUGAAACCCAAUCCAGUUUAAAUAUUUUUUUAUUUCAUCAGAAUAUUCUUGGAAAUAUUUGACGAAAUAUAUAUAUUUGCAUUUGAGAUCACAUUGCAUAAAUAAAAGGUUGUUUGCCAUUUCCUGGUUGCUAGGCAAAUCUGAAAUAUUUAAAAGAGUUAAUACAUUUGUGAAACAGCAUCCAGUUGUUUGAAGUCUGAAUUAGGUCAGAGGUUAACAUGGCUUCCUAUCCAAAAGGGUCAAGUUAUUUUAAGAUAAAAUCUCAAAAACAUAUCAAUAUUCAACAAGGAUACAUCAAACCAAAGCAAAAUGAAUCUAUUGAUACAUUGAGUUUUUGCAAAGCUAUUGCACUAAUAUUAUCCAAAGCUAAUUGUAACCUACUCAGUUGAUAUUGACAUUACAUUUAACUUUGAAUACCCUUCAAGUGCAAAACAAAGGAUGUUGAAGAAUGGCAGUUAUUAGUAGAAUAGGUUUGGUGUGUCUAUGUUGCGAGCGGGGAACAUAGAACCCGGGUAACAUAGGACCCGGAGAACAUAGGGAUGAACCCCUCUAUUGCUAGCUGUAUCACAAGUUCUGUCGCUAGUUGUAUAUCAUUAGCUCUCUAUCACCAGCUGUGUCACUAGCUCUAUCAUUAGCUGUAUAAUGUUGGUCUCAUGAAGAUGCUCUUAAACGUUCCUCUCACAGCUCAGUGGUCAAGAGUCUGUAGUUUCCAGUUCCACCCAACAGCCUCCAUCUCUUUCUACAGCUUGUGAUCAUGCAUUUCAUCAGUUGAACCACUGUGUCAUGUUCAUUCUCAAUGACAUGUGUUUUUUUUCCCAGCGCUACAGGGUUCGAAUGACUACAAAGUUAUUUACGCACCUUAUAACGUCUGCGCUUUAAGAGAUUCAACGGUUGACAUCAACUGCACCUAUCAGUUCCCGAACAUAUCAGAGAUCAACCCCAACAACGUCACAACACUGUGGUUUACUAAAGGCGAGAUCCAUAUACCAGUUAAUUUGACACAUGAUGCAGACAAUGCAGGUCGUGUUGAAACCAGCUGUGGAAAGGUAGUAUGUACCCCGUCCCUCUGUGUUGGAAAUUGUACCGUGAGAAUUAAAGACCUGAGACAGAAUGACUCUGCUGAGUACAAGUUCAGGUUCAUAACAAACUAUGAAAAAGGGAAAUAUACUGGUGUCCCUGGAGUGAUGUUAAAUGUGACAGACCAGGUGAAGGUGUCCUUUCCUGCCUCUACUGAUACUACCAGGGUGAACAUGACAUGUAACAGUACGUGUAAUCAAACUGGUGGUUUUACCUACACCUGGUUCAGGAAUGGACAGAAUGUAGAACAGGGGAUUUACUACAAAGGCAACAUUAAUUCUGAAGAUAACUAUUCAUGUGCUGUUGAAGGAAACAAACAUCUCCACUCUCCUUCAGUGUACGCUCCAAAGCCCCCCUCAGUGACUCCUUCUGGUAAAAUAGAGGAGGGUAGCUCAUUGACUCUGAGAUGCAGCAGUGAUGCCAAUCCAGCAGCUAACUACACCUGGUUCAAGGAUCAUGAAGAGAGACAAUCAGGACAGAACUACAUCAUCACUAAUAUCACAUCUGAGCUGGGAAGUAACUAUUACUGCCAAGCUCAUAAUGCAAUUGGACGUCGUAAUUCCACCUCUUUUUUAAUUGAGAUUACAUCAUCAUCAUCACAGACAACAGCAGUAGCAGUAGGAACCAUUGGUGUCUUACUGGCCACCAUACUCCUCCUAGUCUUCCUCUGGAUGAGAACAAAGAGGGCCUCCAGUACCAGUGGACAGGGAGGAAGGCCAGAUCCGCAGCCACUUCCUGAUCCGGAGUAUGACAACGUCUCAGCUCUGUCCAAUCGCUCAGCUCCUGCAGCACAGAGACGACCAAUAGAAGAUCAGGAUGACCUUCACUAUGCCAGCGUCCACAUCUCUCACUCAGAGAAACAGGAAGUGCCUCCCUGUUUGGCUGCCUCCCGUGUCCAAUCAGAUCAGACAGAGGAGGUCCUUUACUCAGCGGUCAACUUUAAAAGCCACAACGCUGUGCCCGAGGCCUGUGACCGGAGAGAGAUUGGAGAAACCUCAGAGUUGUACAGCACUGUCAAGAAAACACCCAAGGGGGUUUGAUUGUUCCACUUGUAAUCACUGAUGGCUGCCAGUCACAGCGCCUGUUGUUCUUGUGGGAGUCGCUCAGCUUCAUCGCUCCAUCUGCUGGUUACAUGAAUGUACGUAAUGGAUGUAUUAUACGUACCACCUUCUGGUUACCUUAAUGUACUGCACUUUCUUAAAUGACAAUUCUGGUCUUGGUGAACUAACCAUCGUAGCCAUCACCUGUCUGUACUAUAUCCUUCUAUAUAGAUAAUCGAAUUUCCCCCUUUUGAUUACUUUCUACAAUUUUGUAACAAAAAACACAGAGAACACUUAAUGAUACACAAAUGUAAGCGCUUCAACUAAAGAGUGAUUUUUGGGUUAAUAUGCCUUUAAAUAGGAUAUGUGCUGUUAAGUCUGAAUUACAAUGCUGUACACUGCUCAUCUUAGUUCAUUAAAAGGUGAUAUUUACAUUUUAUUAAUUGUUGUUUUGAGUGGUGUGAUCCUGUGACGGAUCUUACAAUAAAUGAAUAAAUAAAGCUUAUUAUUGCUGUGGA